GUUCUGGAUACAUGGCAACCCCAACUACAUCAUGUUUCACGAGUUGCCAAAAACAUUGCCACUAGUGGUAUUUUCCUGGUUGACCGACGGUCACCGACCUAUCAUUUCCCAACGCGGUAAACAGCUAACAGUCAUCAUAAAGAUUGCUUAGCUUGAUGUUGAUCUCAGCCAAGCGGCCCAAGCCGUUACAUAUAGGACAGUGUAACGUCUAUAAAGAGAGCACAUGCAGGAGCGUGAAAAAAAGGUUUCAUUUGAGAAGCUAAGUCCCUAUUUGUAUUAUCACAACCACAACCGAAAAAAUAUCAUCAACACUAAUUAUUCCGAGAUGAUUGAGUAUAUUUUAGGAGGAGUCCUUGCAUUUUUGGUGGGUUUCUUCGUAUUUUACAGUUCUAGUUCUCAAAAGAAUGAUAUCAAGAAGAACAAAGUAGUAACGGUGGAGGAAAAUGAAUCCGUUGAUGAUUCUGUUGGUGAGAACAAUGGAGAAUUCAAGUCUAAGAGCAAAGAAGAAACUGAUGUUAUAAUUGUGGGUGCUGGUGUUGCUGGUGCUGCUCUUGCUUAUACUCUUGGAAAGGAUGGACGCCGGGUACAUGUGAUAGAGCGAGAUCUAACGGAACCCGAUAGGAUUGUUGGGGAACUACUACAACCUGGAGGAUUCUUGAAAUUAGUUGAGCUGGGUCUUGGAGAUUGUGUGGAAGAGAUUGAUGCUCAAAGAGUCUUUGGAUAUGCUCUUUUUAAAGAUGGAAAGAAUACAAAAGUCUCGUAUCCUUUAGAAGAGUUUCAAGCGGAUGUGGCUGGAAGAAGCUUUCACAAUGGACGUUUCAUUCAACGGAUGCGAGAAAAAGCUGCAACACUUCCAAACGUUCGGUUGGAACAAGGAACUGUUACUUCCUUGCUUGAAGAAAAUGGUACCGUUAAAGGAAUAACAUACAAGACCAAAAACGGGGAAGAGCUGAAAGCUUAUGCUCCUCUUACGGUUGUCUGUGAUGGGUGCUUUUCAAACUUGCGCCGUUCUCUCUGCACCCCAAAGGUGGAUGUGCCGUCUUGUUUCGUUGGAUUGAUCUUGGAGAACUGUGAGCUUCCAUACCCAAACCAUGGACAUGUUGUUUUGGCUGAUCCUUCACCAAUCUUGUUUUAUCAAAUCAGUAGUUAUGAAGUGCGUUGCUUGGUUGACGUACCCGGACAAAAAGUACCAUCUCUUUCUAACGGUGAUAUGGCCAAUUAUUUGAAAACGGUGGUGGCACCCCAGAUCCCAUCACAACUGCAUGUUUCGUUCAUAUCAGCAAUAGAUAAGGGGAACAUAAGAACAAUGCCUAACAGAAGCAUGCCGGCUCUUCCCCAUCCAACUCCUGGUGCUAUAUUAAUGGGGGAUGCAUUCAAUAUGCGCCAUCCUUUAACUGGAGGCGGGAUGACCGUGGCUUUAUCUGAUAUUGUUCUUCUGCGCAAUCUACUCAAACCUCUACAGGACCUCAAUGAUGCCUCUUCUCUAUGUAGAUAUCUUGAAUCCUUUUACACUCUGCGCAAGCCUGUGGCAUCAACUAUAAAUACGUUGGCAGGUGCAUUAUACAAGGUCUUUUGUAUGUCACCCGAUGAAGCAAGAACAGAAAUGCGUGAAGCCUGUUUUGACUAUUUAAGUCUCGGAGGAGUCUUCUCAUCAGGACCAGUGGCAUUACUCUCCGGACUCAAUCCACGUCCAUUGAGUUUGGUUUGUCAUUUCUUUGCAGUAGCAAUUUAUGGUGUUGGCCGUCUGUUACUCCCAUUCCCUUCUCCCAAACGUUUGUGGAUUGGAGCUAGAUUAAUAUCCAGUGCAUCGGGUAUUAUUUUUCCAAUAAUAAAGGCAGAAGGAGUCAGACAAAUGUUCUUUCCAGCAACUUUGUCAGCGUAUUAUAGAGCUCCCCCAGUUAACUGAAAGAGUGGAAAAUAUGGGGUAGUUCAAGUCCUUCAAAAGAAAAAUUAGUCUAAAAUUCAAUUGUUCAGGUUCUCGUACCACUUUAUUGAAAUGAAAACCAAAAAUAAACAUGGUGUAAGUCUGCAAUAUUAUCAAAAUAGUAUGUUAGGACAUUAUCAUCGUUCAAAUAUCCUCUCCAGUGUAACUAUUCUAUAAUAUGUAUAGAAAAGAAAUUCAAUAGAUUAAAAUCUAUGUAACAUGGUACAAAUAGACAAAAGGAAAUCACCAUAUUUAUUCAAGAAUAUAUAGCAAUCAAAA